CCUGUCAUCCCAGCAACCCUAAACGUUCGUUUUCGAAAAUGUGCAAGUAACCGAGUGGUUAGUGGCAUUUGUGAAGUUUAAAAAAAAAUUAUCGGCGCAAUAUAUGGUUUAUAUCCGUGUUAGUUGCUAAUUGGAACUAUUUUUUCAGAUACCUCACAACCGCAUAUAAACUUCCGCUCGCUGUGUAACCAGCUGUGUAACCAUGGUUACACAGCUGGUUACAUAGUUCGACAACCUGUUGACGACAAUAUUCCAGAGGAAGAAGAAGCAUAAUAAUAAUAUAUAUAGGUCUAUAUGUAUAUAUAUAUAUACAUAUAACUAAUAUAAUAUAGAAUAAUAUAUAAUAAUAAUAAGAAGAAGACGUUCAACUUCAGUUUCUGUCGAGUUCAAAACCAAGGCAUCAGCUGUGGUUACCGUGCAGUCGAUUAUGGGAAGAAUUUGUGCGGUCAGAAACUGCGGGAAGAUCUCUAGAAAAAGGAGUUGUCAUCGGCUUCCUCUCAACACACCUAAAAGUCAUAGAGUCAGAAAGUUGUGGCUUUCAUUCCUCGGGUUCGACAUAAACACCCCAGUAAAUGUACUUCGGGAAGCCGACCAUCGCGUUUGCGCCUUUCACUUUCGGCCUGAGGACUACCUGAAAUCAACAAGUCAUCGAAAGGAGUGUCCGAAGAGACUGCAUCUGAAAAGGGCAGCUGUACCGACGCUUUGUGGACCAACGCUAGACGAAGAAAACCUCGGGGCUGUUGGCGGUGUGGUGGACCAGCCUUCUACCUCCAGCAUAUCCUUGGUCCUCACCAGUCCACAGCCACGGCCUCACCAAUCCAAUAAAUCCCCAAGGAAGUCCUUAUCUGGCAGUUACCUUGCUUUCCCUGUGAUCAGGGAGAGGCUCUCACUAUCUCCAGAUGAUUGUGAAACUGAGAUACUUCAAAUGGACACAAGCAUUUCCUCAGUCAUUGAGGAUGACCCAAAAGACAUGAGCUUCAGCCUCAGUCAACAGUCAAGUUCAAGUGAAACCUCCAGUUCAAGUGCCUCAGAAGAGCAAGGGGAGUGGGAUGAAAGAAAAUGGAUUGUGAACGAGUCUAGCAUCAUGCAACUGUUUAGAACAUGCCAUAUAUGUGCCGCACAAAUCACUGAUAAAAAAGUGACAACUACAGGCAGCCAACUAAAGAUUGAAUGGACAUGUUUGAAUAGUCAUCAUGGCAAGUGGGCAUCAUGUCCUGAUGCAAGAGGAAUGGCACAGAAUAACUUGCUUGUUUCUGCUGCUACGCUUUUCUCUGGAACAACUUUCACUGAAGUACACGAGUGGGCCAGCAUCCUAAACUUGCAACUCUUGAAGAAAUCGCAGUACUACUCCAUCCAAUCCGACUACCUUAUUCCAGUAGUACACUUUGCAUACAAGGAUCAUCAUGAGAAUCUCAUUAGGCGACUCAUUAGACAAAAGGCUGAAGGCGAGUCCAUAGAGCUGUGUGGAGAUGCCAGGUCUGACUCACCAGGCUACAGCUGCAAGUAUUCCACCUAUUCGUUUCAGCUUCUAUCCAGUAAUGAGAUCAUUCACUUUCAACUACUACAGGUAACGGAAGCUAGCAGUUCAGUUGCCAUGGAGUCCCAAGGCUGUAGGAGGGGCCUCAACCAUCUCAUUUUCAAUGAAGGAGUAGAUAUAGACCUCAUCACUACAGACCGGGCCACAUCAGUUCGGAAAAUAAUGAGGGAGGAAUUCCAGAAUGUUCACCAUGAAUUUGAUCCUUGGCAUGUAUCAAAAGGCAUAAAGAAAAAACUGGUAGCACUCGCCAACAAAAAGGAAAAUCAGGUCCUGCAGGGCUGGAUUCGGGCGAUCCUCAAUCACUUUUGGUUCUCAUGCUCAUCUUGUGGUGAGAGUGCUGAGGAACUGAAGCGACGGUGGACCUCAGUCCUCCACCACAUCUGUGGGGAGCACACAUGGGAGCAAGAUGGAAGAAAGUGGGCAUGCCCUCACCCUGCUCUCAACCCAGAUCAGCAAAGGACAAAGCGAUGGCUCCAGCCAGAGUCUCAAGUGUUCAAGUCUUUACGGAAUAUUGUUGAAGAUAAAAGACUUCUGAAAGACCUUGAGCAGAUGACUCGCUUCAAACAUACAGGAUCUUUGGAGGUGUACCACAACGUUAUGCUAAAAUAUCUGCCGAAACGACUGCAUUUUCGGUACGACACCAUGGUAGCCCGAACACAACUAGCCAUCCUGGACAACAAUUACAAUGUCGGCCGACAGCAGACAGAGACUUCUGAAGGACUUCCAAGAUACAGUAUGGUGUUCCCAAAACAGAGCAAGGAAUGGGUAGCCAAGAAGAUCUAUGAGCCUACUAGUCAGUACUUCACGCAACACCUUGUGAAACUCGUGUUGGAGAGAAGGGAGGAAAGAACACCGGAAGACAUUCCACAUGUCCAGCGGCCUGCAAACAUUGCCACUAAGGAGAGACCCCCCAAGGAAGAUCUAAUCAGGAAACAUCAAUCCAGAUUCCCUCGCCACACUGAUGUUUGAAAACCAAGGAUCCAGAUUGUAAAUUUGUUUAUAUGUCAGAAUCAGAAUCACUUUUAUUACCCCUUAUUGUACAGUAGGCUACACAAGAGCAAAAUUAUUAGGCUUGGUUCCUCAGCAUACACAUAGCUGCAAGAAAAAAUAUAUAAAAUAAAUAUAAAAAUAAAUAAGUAUAAAAAUAAAUAAGUAGCAGCAUUAAUGAUAAUAAAGUAAUGAGGUGUAAUAAAGAGUGAAGUGUAGGGUGUUCAAGUGGUAGUGUUGUAAAUGUGUUUGUAAAUACAG